CGGUACUCUCUCGUAGGUUUGGGUUGUCUUCCCCUGCCCACAGGAUUGGGAACAGGCAAAUCUCUAUGCCCCAAGAUGUCGUCAACGUCCACAUGGCCAUCCAUGGUUGGGGGCAGCAUUGAUCUCCUUAAUGGGAACUUGUCAGUCUCAGCGAAAGGUGCAAGCUUGGAAGCGUGAAAUACAGGAUCAUGUCAAGGAGAAAAGGGAGGAUCUUGGGGAAGUACUAAAUGGUGACCGGAUGGCAGAUGCCCCUUACAUGCUUCCCUUCCGGGUCACAUAUGAGAAACGGCUACUUUGUAACAGAAGACUAUCUGUAGAAGAAGUACAAAAGUUCCGGGAUGCCAUUCAGAAUGAUUACUAUUUUCAGAUGUACUAUGAUGAUCUCCCUCUGUGGGGGUACAUUGGGAAGAAAGGGGGUGACACCAAAGAAGUUCGAUACCAUCUCUUCACAAGCUUGCAUUUCGAAAUACUCUACAAUGAAGACCAGGUUAUCGAGAUUAACUUGUCAACAGAUCCAAAGGCAAUGAUGGAUAUCACUGAGGACAAGGAGCUGGAGGCCGAGUUCACGUAUUCCGCCGCAUGGAACAAAACGGACAAGCAAUUUGACAGGCGGAUGGAAAAAUAUUCUCGAUACUCAUUUCUCCCUCAGCACCUUGAAAUCCACUGGUUCUCUAUUGUUAAUUCCAUUGUUACAGUAUUGCUUCUGACAGGGUUUCUUGCAACCAUUUUGAUGAGGGUCUUGAAGAACGACUUCAUAAAGUACUCAAGGAAUGAGGAGACUAUGGAAGACCAAGAAGAGACAGGCUGGAAAUAUAUCCAUGGUGAUGUUUUCCGGUUUCCAAGGAACAAGUCAUUGUUUGCAGCAGUACUGGGUAGUGGAGCCCAGCUCCUUACUCUGUAAGUACUGGGCAACCUUCCAUGUUUAGCUUAUCUGGCCAUUGUACUUGUCAUCCAAUCAAAUGGAAAAGAAAGAGUUUGCUUAUGACCGGGGUGCUUAGUUGGAAGUUUGGUUCAAUUCGUAACUUUUCAUUUCACUAAAGCUCAAUCACAUCUCCAUACAUGUUUUCUAUCAUUCCAUGAUAGUUUGGGGAAUAUUUCCAAAUAGAUAUGAUCAUGCGGGUGGUAUGAUAUGAACAAAAGCUUAAACCUUGA